AUGGAGAAGACUCUGGGUGUUUUUCUGGCCUCCUGUUCUGGACAGAGAAGUUCUCAUCUAAUCAGAUUAUCUAAAACAUGGUAUGAAGCACAGCUUUACUGCAGAUCCUGCUACACAGACCUGGUCACUGUUACCCCUCAGAAUGAACCUGUUCUGGAUGCCUCAACUACAGAUACGUGGAUUGGACUGCACAGAAUCCCAGGGGGCUGGCAGUGGUCAGAUGGAGACGGCAGCAGCUAUUACAAUUGGGCACCCGGUGAGCCGAAUAAUAGCGGGGGGUAUGAAGAUUGUGCUACUCGUCUAACAAACAAUAAUUGGAAUGAUCGUUCUUGUACUUCUAAAUUGUAUUUCCACUGUUAUGAAGACUCUUACAUCGGGCUGCUGUCUAUUCCUGCUGUCACCCCAACUUCACUGACUCUGAGCUGGAAUCCAGCGCCAGGACUUGUUGACCACUACAGGAUAGCAGUCUCCGGGCAGACAAGUCAGACCUUCACAGUGAACAAUCAGAUUGCUGUUGUGACCUCUCUGACACCCGGCUGUCUCUACACAGUGCAGGUCUUCCCUGUGAAAUGUGUCAAAGACCUGCACCCUGCUAGUACAUCAGUCUACACAGCUCCAUCCCCACCAGGACAACUAAUGACUGACUCUGUGGGACCCAACUUUGUUUCUCUGAGCUGGGGCAGUCCUGCCGGUAUGGAUAAGAUCCCACAUAGCUUCAACAUCACCUACUGCAGCUCCUUCUGGGAUCACCAUGGCUCCACCACUGCAGCCUCCAAUUCCACUGUCAUCUAUGACCUGAGACCAGCAAGCCAGUACGUCUUCAACAUCACCACAGUGCAGGACAAUGGGAACCAGAGCGUGCCUGCCUCUGCAUCGUUCUUCACAACUCCAUCACCACCAGGACAACUAAUAUCUGACUCUGUGGGAACCAACUCUGUUUCUCUGAGCUGGGGCAGUCCUGUCGGUAUGGAUAAGAUCCCACACAGCUUCUUCAUCAGCUACUCCAGCUCCCUCUCGGGUCACAACGACUCCAUCAUUUCAGACUCCACUUCCACUGUCAUCUCUGACCUGAGACCAGGAAGCGAGUAUGUCUUCUGUGUCACCACAAUGCAUGGCAAUGGGGGCUGGAGCUCACCGGUUUUAAUAUUUCUCUCCACAUCUCCGUCCACACCAGGGCAACUAAUGACUGACUCUGUGGGACCCAACUCUGUUUCUCUGAGCUGGGGCAGUCCUGCUGGUAUGGAUAAGAUCCCACACAGCUUCAACAUCACCUACUGCAGCUCCUUCUGGGGUCACCACGGCUCCACCACUGCAGCAUCCAAUUCCACUGUCAUCUCCAAUCUGAAAUCAGGAAGUGAGUACGUCUUCAACGUCACCACAGUGCAGGAGCAUGGGGGCCGGAGCACACCUGCUUCAAUAUCUCUCUUCACAAGUAAGAAUUCCUCACUCAAUUCCACCCCUCUUGCAGGGGUCACAAGGGUCACACACACAGACCACAGCCAGUUCAGAAACAUCAGCAUCUGUUGUAUACAGAAAAUCAUAUAA